CUAAUUUGGAGAAUGCAAAACCAAAAAAAAGAAAGUCAUUCCGGAGAUUUAUGUCUGAAAAUAAAAUAUUUGAAGGAAAAACUGUGAAUGAUAAAAUCUGGCAGGAAACCAGCAAGCCUGAGAAUGAUUCCUACAUCAGAAGGCCCUGUCAGCUACAAGAUCAGAAUGAUGAUGAUUUUCUUUUGAGUAAUACCAUACAUACCCUUCAAGGAAAAAAACUGCAAAGAACUUCCGAUCAGGCCAUAAAAUCAGAGGGUGACCCCGUGGAAUCCAUGAGGACACUAAAGCGACUACAGAAACUGGUUUGGUCCAAGAAAGCCAGGGUGCCGAGUCUGGAUGAGGCGAAACCUACGCUAAUAAAUCUCCAAGAUGAAGAUGACACACUGAUUUCCUGUUUGAAAUUAACCAAAUCUCAAGGAAAGAAAGUUAGUAAUAUUAGCACAAGGAGGAAGGAAGAAAUGGAGAUUGGAUUGGGUUCUCUUUCUGCGUCACUGAGUAGAUCUAGCACCUCUAACGAAUGCAACUUGGAACAUAUGUUAGUCCACUGUGAAGGUGAAGUUCACAUGUGGCACAGCUGGAAGCCUUUUCCAGAAAAUCCAAUCUGGCCAUAUGUUGAUUUUCAAAUUUCCCAAUUUGGAUCCUGGGACCAUUCCUCCUCCUGUAUUCACCACCCACAUCUCAAGUCUUCUUGCUCAGAUAUGGAUCUCUUACAUUCAUGGCGCAGCAGCAGUUUUGGGAAUUUUGAUCGUUUUCGUAAUAAUCCCACAUCAAAACCAGAUGAUUUAACUGAGAAACAUAAUGGAGAACCCAUAAAUGAAAGUGGAGAACAAAAUAAAACUUCAAGCAAUGGAGGAGGUUUGGGUAAAAAAGUGAGAGCUAUUUCAUGGACAAUGAAGAAGAAAGUGGGUAAAAAAUACAUCAAAGCGCUUUCUGAGGAAAAAGAUGAGGAAGAUGGAGAGGGUGUCCUCCCAUAUCGAAACAGUGACCCUGUGAUGGGGACCCACACUGAGAAGUUCUCCCUUAAAGCCAGCGAGUCCAUGGAUAGUCUCUACAGUGGGCAGAGCUCUUCAAGUGGAAUAACAAGCUGCUCAGAUGGUACAAGCAACAGGGACAGCUUUCGACUGGAUGACGAUGGCCCCUACUCAGGACCAUUCUGUGGCCGUGCCAGAGUACAUACUGAUUUCACGCCAAGUCCCUAUGACACUGACUCCCUCAAAAUCAAGAAAGGAGACAUCAUAGAUAUUAUCUGCAAAACACCAAUGGGGAUGUGGACAGGAAUGUUGAACAAUAAAGUGGGAAACUUCAAAUUUAUUUAUGUGGAUGUCAUCUCAGAAGAGGAAGCAGCCCCCAGAAAAAUAAAGGUGCACCAAAGAAGUAAAAGGGAAAAACCUAAAAGUCUGCAGGAGUUCUUAGAGAAGAUUCACCUUCAGGAAUAUACCUCAACACUUUUGCUCAAUGGUUAUGAGACUCUAGAAGAUUUAAAGGAUAUAAAAGAGAGUCAUCUCAUUGAAUUAAACAUUGAAAACCCAGAAGACAGAAUGAGGUUACUAUCAGCUGCUGAAAAUCUCCUUGAUGAAGAAACUGUUCAAGAGCAAGAAAAUGAACCUGUGCCCCUAUCCUUAAGCCCAGACAUCUCCUCAAAUAAGUCACAGUUAGAUGACUGCCCAAGGGACUCUGGUUGUUAUAUUUCAUCAGGAAAUUCAGAUAAUGGCAAAGAAGAUCUGGACUCUGAAAAUCUGCCUGACAUGGUACAUAAGAUUUCCAUCACAGAGCCAAGUGACUGAACACACCUUCUCAACUAUAUAUUUACAGAUACAUACCAUUUUAAUGCUUCUUGAGCUAAAAGAUCAACUAGAAGAAUAGAAAUAUUUGCAAAUAUAACCUAAAGUUAAAAUGUUUUCAUUUGAAUGACUGUACAUAAAAGUUCAUAUCUCUAACAUCCCAAUUAUUGUAAAUAAAAUGUAUAUUUAUUAUUUUAAAUGCAAUGUGUUAAUAUUUCACUUUCUGUAUUAGAAAAGGCAUAGUGUAAGCUUUUGAUAUAUGUGACAUAUGCUUUAUUUGGCUUUAUUUUACAAAUACAAAAUGAUAAAAUCUGCAAAAACAAACAUUUUUAUACCAGUUUUGUACUUAUGUAUAUUAUUGAAUGAAUAGUAGUAGAGGAUGUCUUUGUGAACCGAUUUCUCCAAGAAGCGUCUACAUUCAUUUUCAUACUUAUUGGGAAAGUAUGAGUUAAUAUUGGAGACAUUUUAUCCUGAUUCACAGUAGAAAGUCAGUAAUUAUUUUUUUAACUCUGUUAUAUGAUAUAAAAUAUAGAUAAGAAUAUAUUGUCACUCUCGACUUAGUAAAACCAAUUUUAAUAACUGCAAAUAUUUUGUCUUUAAGUGUAAAUAUUUUUUAACUUUUACAUGCCCUAAUUUUAAUAAUAAAAAGAACUAUGUGCAUAUUG